AUGAUCACGACAACGGCAUCCACCCUCUUGUACAAUUCGACGUUGACCAUUGAUGAUACGAUGGAAAAGCUGAAUUAUUUGAAAAGUAUCUACUCCUGGUUGAUACCGUUGAUGAUUAUCAUUCUUGCGCUAGCCAUAAUCGGUAAUGGUCUGAUUGUGUUGGCUGCACCGUUUCUGUCAUCACCGGUCUCUCCUUAUCUGAAGCUAUGUAUAAGCCUCGCAGCAGCCGAUAUGUGGGCCGCAUCUUUGCUUAUCACAGGGCUAGUAGUAAACUCCUAUCUACCGGUAGUGAUAGGAGUUCAUAAGUCGUCAAAAUGUGUCGAUGCAUGGCUGGAAAUGUUCCGUGUAUCGGGCAUGCUCACAUCGGAUAUGCACCUAUUCGCCUUGGCUAUCAAUCAAUUCUUCGGCACUCUGUGGCCUUUGAAAUAUAAGGUAAUGGUAACAACACGUCGUAUACGAUGCAUUGUACUGAGUCUAUGGAUCGUUCCAUUACUGUUUGUAUUUUGCUGGUUCAUUUCUGGUGAAAACGAUGGCCUACGUCAUGAGAAAUGCUACAUGUUUUUCUACAAUCGAUUCCCAUUUCGAAUAACAAUUUUCCUGAUUUUUAUCAUACCAUUGCUGGCAACGUUGCUGAUUUAUGGCACGAUUCUGUCCAAGCUGCUCAAAGCCAAAGCCGAAUUCGAAAUGACAGAAAGGUAUGCUUCUGAUCCUCCUAUCCAAAGAAGAAACCACCGGAAGAUUGCUACUUUCAGAUGCACCGGCACCCGUCGAUCAAACGUUCAUUCAAAGCUGAAGCUCGUCUGGACGACUCUGCUCAUCGUUUCUACGUUCUCAUUGAGUUGGGGCUUAUGUGUGUUGUACUUUGUACUGGUCUGCGUUGACGGAUGUCCAUUCACCUACAAUGUGUCACUCAACUUCUACCUCGGUCUAUUUCUCAACUCAACCGUCAACUGCCUGGUGAUGAUAAAGUUGGCAUCGAAUCCGUUCAUCUACACACUUCGAAUUCGUGCCAUCAAAACCAGUGUGGACACCUUAUUGGCGACACUAUUCCAUCGGAAAACCUAUCCAACAAACAGUGCCGGCAAAGCUACCGUCACACUUCUGGGAAAUACUUCUGGCGCUGCAGUAUCGCUUUGA